AUGUAACAGGAAGAGAGAAGAAUAACAAAAGACUACCUUAAAAAGUUGUUAAGAAAGGAAUUCAAACUCUAUUAUACCACUCCUGAGCUAAAUGAUUGUCUUUACUUGCAUUACAAAGGUUUUGAAAAGAUUGAAAAUCUCGAAGAGUUCACAGGAUUAAAAGUAAUUUACUUGGAAGGAAAUGGUCUUAAUAAUAUUGAAGGUAAACUGAAUCAAAUAUCAUAGGACUUGAUUGUUUGACUUCUCUGAAAUGCUUAUAUUUAUAGGAGAACGUAAUCAGGAAAAUUGAAAACUUGCACAUGUUAACUGAGCUAAUUAAUCUAAAUCUAAGUGAUAAUAUGAUAAGCAAGAUUGAAGGGUAUGAUAACUCAAUUAAACAAUAUAGGUUGGAAUAGUGUUAAAAAUUAUAGACUCUUUAAAUCAAAAGAAAUAGAAUUGGAUUGAAUGGGCUUAGUGAUUUGGAAGGAUUGAUAUGCUUACCAAAUUUAUCAGUGUUGGAUGUGUCAGAUAAUAAAAUAGAUGACCCAAAUGUUUUAGAUGAAAUAUUUUUAAAAAUGCCUCAAUUAUCAGUGUUGUAUUUCUAGAACAAUACAGCAGGGAAGUAGAUUCAACACUAUCGAAAAACACUCAUAAGUAGAAUUAAAACACUAAAGUAUUUGGAUGACAGACCUGUCUUUGAUGAUGAAAGAAGUAAUAUCUUCAGAUAAAACUCAUUUAGGAUUUGCUGAGGCCUUUGCUAAAGGAGGACUAGAUUUAGAGAGAGAAGAAAGAUAAAAGUAUAAGAAAGAGUAGGAGGAGGAGCAUAUGAGACAACAUCAGAAUUUUAAAGACAUGAUUCGAAGAUAUCGAGAAGAGUAACAAUAAUAACAAGAAUAAUAAUAAUAAGAAGAACUAUAAUAGGUUGAUAAUGCUUCCGAUAAUGAAGAACCUUCACAUCUAUCAACUUAUAAUACUUAAUCGAAUGCUAGUGAUGUUAGAUCAUCUGCUUAACAAUCUGCUCAACAUUCUGAACAUUAAUCAGAGAAACACUCAGAUAGGUAAUCAGACAAUCAAUCUGAAAAUAAUUCAAGAAUUGCAGAUGGACAUAGUGAACACAGAAGUGUAGAUGGAGAUCAGAAGAGUGUAGAUGGUGCCAGUGAACAUGGUAGUGAAUAAGUAGAGAUUAAUGCAAUAGGAACUUUUGGGCAGCCAACUCAACUUGAUGAAAUUGAUUGAUAUAUAUAUGUAAAUAAAUAU